CAUUGCUGUGUCCAUCGCAUUGAAAAAUCAUUCAUGAGCAAAACACAAAAGAAAAGAGACUCGGAGUUUUUAUCAAAAUACCAGCAUUUGUGAUUAAAUAAAAAUAUUCUGUGUGACGAAUAAUAGUGCUUGGGUGUCCGUAGAGUGGGUCGUGUGUGUUUAUGCGGCAUUUUAGCCGGUGAUUGUGGGCUCAAUUGUGCUGUGAAAAUGCAUCGCGAAAUCUCAGGGAGAUAAAUAUUCCAACCUUGCUUGCCAAUUCGUGUGAGUCACGGCACGCACGGAGCUUCGUGAAGUGAGUGUGCGUGAAAUUGUGUGUGUUGGAUCAGGAGGAGGCAAGCCGAUGGGUCAUCCUCCUCACCUACUUUCAAUGACUUUGUGAACGCCGGCCGGGAAUUAUGGAUGAGCCAUCGCGGAUUCGUCAGCGUUCCGGGCGCAAUAAUGUGCCGGAAGUGCAGCAGCAGCAGCAACGGCGGGGGCAGAAGGAGAAGCAUGGUGAUCAGCAGCGUGCACGACUCCCAAAUACCUUCCUGUACGCCGUGGUGGCUCUCAUGUUCACAACAUUUCUCGUUGUCACAGUGCUGGAGCGACGACUACCACGUGGGCUACGUGUUGAGGAUGAACCCCAACAUCCGGAUGGAUUUAUCGCAGAACGCGCCAUGGGAAGCUUGGUGCGACUCACGGGGAUUGGGCCACGUGUCACGGGAAGCUAUGAGAAUGAAGUGUUGGCUGUGAAGAUGCUCAAAGAGGAUGUUGCAAGCAUCAUUGGGGAAUUUGGGAGUGGAUUCAGGGUUGAAGUUGAUGUCCAGAAGGUCAGUGGAGCAUUCCCAUUGACCUUCUUCGACGGCAUGACAAAUGUGUACAACGAUGUGCAGAAUUUAAUUGUGAAAGUUAACGCACAGGAGGAAUCUCCGCACACCCUAAUGCUCAAUUGUCACUUUGACUCUGUUCCAGAUAGCCCAGGUGCUUCCGAUGAUGGGGCUGCCUGUGCAAUUCUCCUGGAACUUCUGCGGGUUGUAUUGAAGACGAAGCUCAAAUUAAAUUACAAUAUUCUCUUUCUCUUCAAUGGGGCCGAAGAGAAUAUUAUGCAGGCCUCACAUGGAUUUAUAACGCAGCACAAAUGGGCCAAAGAUGUGCGGGCAUUUAUUAAUUUGGAAGCAUGCGGAGCCGGUGGGAGGGAACUCCUAUUUCAAGUUGGCCCCAAUAAUCCGUGGCUCCUUGAGGUGUACUCCCAAGUUGUCCCAUAUCCGUAUGCUUCCACACUGGCGCAGGAAAUCUUCCAAUCGGGUGUUAUUCCCGGGGAUACGGAUUUCCGGGUUUUUCGUGAUUUUGGAGAUAUUUCUGGGGUGGAUUUUGCCUGGAGUAGCAAUGGGUAUGUCUAUCACACAAAGUACGAUACGGUGGAUCAGAUUCCGCUGGGAAGCCUGCAGAGGACUGGGGAUAAUAUCCUGGCGCUGCUGCGUGGGCUGAAUGAGAUUACAGAUCAACGAAAGAUCACCGAUACGAGCACAAAUGAUCUCAUUUUCUUCGAUAUGUUGGGAGCUUUUAUGGUGCGCUGGCGUGCUAAUCUCACGGCGGUGAUUAGCAUCCUGGCGGCAGCUCUUUCAGCUUUCGCCGUGCAUCGGAAUAUGCGGGCUGCAAAGCGUCUUGGGACGGAUAAGACCACCUACUAUGCUGCCAUGAUGAAGGCCAUUGGGGUGCAGUGCUUUGGGUGGGUGCUCGCCUUUGCCUGCUGCCUCACAAUUGCACUCUCCCUGACAGUCCUGGGGCGUACCAUGUCAUGGUAUGCACGUCCCAUAUGGAUCUACUUCCUCUAUGUGCUUCCAACACUAAGUGUCUCCAUGGCUGUUGUCCAUCAUUUUGGGGUGCGACAGCUAAAGAAGAGUAUCCCGAACAUUUGGACACUCUUUCAAGUCUACUACGACGCCAUACAGAUCCUUUGGACACUCCUACUCCUCGUUACGUACACCCUGGGCAUACGUUCGGGUUUCAUUGCUCUUCUGUGGGUUGUCUUCUCGGCCGUGCAGAGUCUCAUCUCAAAUCGCCUCUUCCCCGAUGCGAGGAAGAGAAGCCUCAAAUGGCUCCUACUCUACAUCCUCCUACUGGGAAUUCCAUUCGUGCAAUCCUUCUACCUGGAUUUGGGUGCAAUUGGGAUGUUCCUCCCGACAAUGGGUAGGACAGGAAGUGCCUUUAAUUCCGAGAUAAUAAUCGCCGCGAUGAUUUGUGCAAUGUUUGGUAUUCUCUUUAGUUUCUUCUGUCAAUUAGUUUUGGUGGCACAAUUCCCACAUAUCCUACAGAGAAUUCCAGCUAGUUUUACAUUCCUGGCACUAGCUGUGCUCCUUCUCACUGACUUGGGCUUCCCAUAUUCCGGAGAUGUUACCUCCCUGGCGCCACAGCGCUUCUUUAUCUCGAACGUGGAUAGGAAGUUCUACGAUGAGAAUAGGAAGCUUGUGGAUCACGAUGCGGGCUUUUGGCUAAUCGAUAUGGACAUCAAUACGCCAGAGAGUGUGGAGAUGGCUGUGAGUGAGAUGAAGAGAGCCAAAGUGGUUGAUUGCUCACGUGGCAUCUACUGCGCCAUGCCGUAUCCACUUCCUGUGAUGAAUUUCAUCUUCAAAACGCACUACAUCGAAGCACCCACCUUUGAGGUGCCCAUUGAGACUGAUCUACGCCUCACGGGGCGCGUGCACGUUGCCACAGAUGUUAUUCGCAUGAAUUUCACAUGCACUGGGCCCGAUCAUAUGAACCUCAUGUUUGCCGGGCUGCCGGGGAUUGAGCUUCAAGCGUGGAGUCUCGAUCCGGAGAAGCCACUCGCGUCGACACAUCAAUACAACGGGCGGAACAUGUACUUUGUCUACUACUCACACAGUAGUCUCGAGCCAAAACCCUGGCAUUUCCAUCUAGAUUUUAAGGUUCCUCCAAAGUUCAACAUUGACAAAGACUUAGUGCUGGAUAUUACAUUGAGUGGGCAUUUCAUACAUGGGAAGAACAAGACAACGCCUCAACUAACGAACCUCAUGAGUCGCUUCCCAACGUGGACAACAGCAACAUACUGGACGAGUGCUCUGCGUUCAUAUAAAUUCUAGAAUAGAACAUUUUCUAUAUAAACAUUUCUUCAUCCCCUAUUCUCUCUCUCUCUCGCUCGCUCCAAAGGUAAUCAAAGAAAAAACUCUUAACACAUAAAAUUCCUCCAAAGCGGUUUUUUUUAGAUAGUUUAUAGAUGAAAAAAAUGGAUUCCUGGUUGGUAGGUUAGCUUAAAAAGUGGUGAACUACGAAAAAAAAAUAAACAAAUUAUAUCAAAGAAGCAAGAAACUUGAUAAAUUAGUAUCAAAAGUGAUUAUAAAAAGUUGUUGAAUAAAUUUUAAGUGAGUCUAAAAA